AUGCGAAAGAACAGCGGGUACAACUCCAUAAAACAAGCAAUAGAGGAUGAAUUGAUUCAAGAAUAUGACGAAGAACGCAAUAUACUCCGACAACAUGCGAAACAACAAAUUGAAGAGGUCCAAGCAGAAUAUAAAAAAACAUUUGAUAGAAAGCGGAAAGAAGAGCGGAUAUAUAAAGCAGGCGACUUGGUCGCCAUUAAACGUACUCAAUUUAUUCCAGAUAGACUGCCAUGUUUAAGCGAUCACUGUAUAUUUGCGGCGAACGAAAUAUUAAAAUCGAUAGAUAUAUCUAUAAAUCCAUGUGAAGAUUUUUACGCCUAUGCGUGUAAUCAAUGGAUCAAUACCAAUCCGAUACCAGAAGGAAAGUCGACAUGGGGUACAUUCAGUAAAUUAGAACAAAUAAAUCAAUUGGUCAUACGAAAUGAGCUAGAGAAACCUUUAAAAUAUUUUAAAUCAGAUGCAGAAAGGAAAGCGAAAGUAUAUUACGAGUCUUGUUUGGAUAAAGAUGAACAUAUGGAGAAAUUGGGCGCGAAACCUCUAACUGAUCUUCUUUGGAAAAUUGGUGGGUGGAAUGUAACAGAAAGUGGAUUUAAUAUUACGAAUUGGAAUUUAGCGAAUGUGCUAAAAGUUUUACAUAAUAGGUACGUUAAAGUUUAAACCUAAAUUGUAAAAUUGUAAAUAUGUAUUCUUAUAUGUCAUGAGUAUGUGGAGUCGUCUGGCUAACAAUUCCAUUAUAUAUAAAGAAAAUAAAAGU